AUGGAGGAAAUCGAUCUGCAAGCUCAUGCGGCAUCCGAAGUAUAUAGUGAGUGGUUCCGGAUCUGGUGCGAAAAUUUCUUCAAACAUAUGCUACCGGGCAUAACCACUGGACAAAGAUUCGAAAGGUUGAUGGAAAUAGAAGAAGACGUUAUCAGCCUAACAAAUACUAAGGAUCAUAACGAAGCCAUGGACCGACACGCCAUAGUAGAACCGCGUGCUCGGCUACAAAAGCUAACCGAACAUAUGCGAAAGCUUACAGAAAGGUAUAUUCCAGGAACACCGAAGUCUCAACUACAACUCUUGGUGUUGGAUAUCCUUGCGGUAAAGAAAGAGGAGUUCAUCGACGAGGUAGCGCGGCUUGAAGCGGUGCGCGAACAGAAAGCUACAACGCAAUCUCCAACUUUUGAGACCGGUGACGGUCAGAACCCAGGCGAUCAGUCUCCUCUAGCGGAUCCGGCUAUCAACGAAACCGACGAAAGGACAGAGACUCCUUUCACCGACCCACGCGCAUCUGUUCAAACCAGGGAUUCAGAAUCGGCCGUCACAGAAGAAAGAGUCAAGUCUCUCAUUCAAGAGUUUGUCAACGACGCGGUUAAGCCCUGGAAGAAGAAAGCUAAGAGGGUCGCGGUUCAAGCAUUCAAGAUGGCCGAGACAACAAGGAAUGAUCUUGGGAAGGCAAACGAGCGGAUCACAAAGGUCGAAGUCAACUACCGUGACGACAAUGUUCUGUACGACGUUCAUCUUAGGCGAACCGUAGCCUUGGAAGAUACGACCUCAAAGUUGGUGGAUGACUUGGAACGAGUCAUAAGCCUCGAAGAAAAGAAUGCAAGCCUUGAGGAACGAAAUACCAAACUUGAAGCCAACCUUAAGGCGGUCACCGAACAGGUGAAUGAAUUGAUAAAGGCCAAGCUGGCUGCCGAUAAAGCGGUUGAGAAGGCAAACGCUCAGGCGGCUAAAGAACUUCAAGAUGCGCUGGACGAAGAAACGUGGAAAACGAAGGAAGCACCGCGAUUGUCUGAUGCGGAAUUGGCCGAACGCGCACGAAAUGUAGCGGACAGAAAUCCGAAACUCGUAAAAAUCAUGGCUGCAAAACAAGCCGAAGAGGCCAACCGGUUAAAAGCUCAGCAAGACACAUACCACAAUUUCGAAAAGGCUCACAAGAAGAUCACCGAUACGAUUGUUGACACUUCACUGAACCCGGCUUUGCAAACCGAGGAUGACUUCGAAGAGGACCUCGAGCAGCAACCCACAAGACAACGAGUUUUCAAUGCGGUUCCAGUCAGCACGGUCGCUCAACCGUUCUCUCCUCACAAGGACACCACAUAA